UGCAUUCAUUAUGUUUGGCACCGUCGACGCGUCCACAACGCCACCGCACAGCGCAAAUCGCUCACUGCUCUGCUCAUCGGCGAUCGCGGAUUGGAGAUCGGAGUUCGAAGAUCGCUAUUCGGAUCUAGGCACACUGCUUGGCACGGCACACACUUCUUGGAGUGCUUCAACAGCCGCAACCGCAACCUGAUCGGUGGUUCGCUGUCGAUCGUUCUUUCUGCUCGUCAUUUUCAUUUUCAUUUGUUUUUUUGUGUUUUGUUUUGUUGUUGUUGUGUUGUGUUGUGCAAUUUCUUGUCGAAAAAUGCUUCCAAUCUGGAUUUGUGUACCGAGCUCUUAACGUUUGUCUUCUGUCUGCGCAUCGCAUCGCGUGAGUGCCUCUUUUUGCUGUCGAUCAACUUGACCUUUCUGCACACCGAGAUCGUAGCUAGAAAAUAGCUGAAAUUCUUUUCAAAUUGUGCCUGCCACCGAAUCGGAAUUCGAUUUCAAAUUCAGAAAAAUGCCAUCGCCAUAUGUGAUCUCCUUGAUCACGCUCCUCUAUCUAUGCUUGAGUCCGGCCACCAUUGCCCAAGACUCGCAGUUUGCGGAACGCAAUCAUAAGAAACGUCAAAUCUAUCGCGAGCAAGUUCUGCCACAUGCGGGUGGCAAGGUGCCCGAAACCGCCUUCGAAACGGAUCGCCUCUUUCUGAAUCGGCUUCAGAAGGAGGGCAUAGCGGUGCCCGACGGCAUUGUGCCCGAGCAGCGCAGUCCGCAGGUCUAUCAAUACUACAACAAACCCACGCGUACCGUCUUUCACAUCGCCCUCAGCUCCGAUGGAAGGUACACGCCCCGUGAAGGUCGCUAUCACUACCGCAAUGUGCCCACCGUGGAGACCACCUAUCUGUAUCCCCAGGCAGUGGGUCGCCAGCACGUGCUGGUGCCCCCAAAGCACGCUCUGCCCGUCUACAGGCAGCUCCAGCUGCACAAUCCAUUGCUCAAUCAAGUGAGAUUGCAGCCCAAGAAAAUGCCCAAUUUUCUUGACCUGGCCCCCACCGUGGGCAAGAGCCACUCAUCGUCAGCAGCCGGAUCGGCCAAGGCGCAGUCUUAUCAGAAUGUGAAUCUCCUGCAUGGUCACAGUCCGGUGCUGCCCCCCUUCAAGAAGACCGUCCGUGGAAGCAAGACCUACGUGGACAGCUAUGGUACAACUCAUCUCUUCAGCGAGUUUGACGAUCUGUUGAACAAAUUGGACUUGCAUCAGACGGCGCACAAGAUUUAUUAGGAUUUUAAGACCCUCCUAACUCUAGUAGAAUUUGCCCACUCCAUUCAUAAAGUGCAACAUUCCCAUUAUCUAACUGCAUAUCAUUUCAAAACAUUGGCCAUAUACGACUACACAUAUAAUGGCACACUUCGCACCGACCGAUUAAUGCUUUCCCAUUCCCAUUCCCAAUUAUUACAAGCACCUAUCCCACCCUAUCCAGCCCCUCCCCCCAAUACCAUUAUGCUUAGUGUAUUAUAGUGUGUAAGCCCAAGCAAAAAACGAAAUGGAAAUGGAAAUUCAUCGUUUUUCGCUAGUUAAGCGUAAACAAUUUUUGUUGUCUUGCAAAAUAAAGUUAGCCCCCCAUAUUGUUCCCAGUCAUCAGUCAUAUUUACUACUCGUCUCGCACAAGUAUACAUGUGUAUCAUCAUCAGUGCGCCACUGUGGUGGCUCCUACCUUA